AUGCACAGUGAUCAAACAGCAGAUGCCGUCACAUUCGGACUCAAGCAUAUCUACAUGAUCAACACUGUCAUCACCGCCCUAUCAGCACUUGGUGGUGUGACUAUGAUCUUGCCCUUCAUAUUUAUUCCCCAAUGGAGACAAAAAGUUCGGCAUAAAUUGAUUUUGGGACUAGGAAUAUCCGACAUCAGCACAGCCUUGUCUGUCUUGAUACCUUCAAUUCAUCUGUUACGGGGGGGUGAACUCGAUAGAGCAAGUCCAUUAUGUCAAGCGGAUGGGUUUUUCUAUGAGGCCACAGUGUUGACAAGCUCAUUCUGGACAGUGGGCAUUGCCGUCGUGACCUACACAUUGUUGAUUCGGCCCAUGUCAAUUUUUGCCGCGCUUCUUGCUAGACCAUGGACUUUUCCUAUCCUGUUUGGGUUGGUCUGGUUGGCUGGAUGCAUAAUAUCUGGAAUUGGGAUCUACUUGAACCCAAUGGAAGACCUCGAGGGCUUCUGUUUUUAUGGCGUUCACGGCGAGCUUUAUGGCCAACUUUCCCUAUUUCUCCCACGUGUGGUUGUUUCUUUUGUGACGAUCGUUCUCUACUUGCGGCUGUUCUUCUUCUUUCGUAGACAAGAUUCUUUUGCAGUAGUUUCCUGUCCACGUACUCGCUUAGACUCUGUCAUUGAACAGGAUUUACCCGGUGCACAUCCUAAAUCAAGAAGGGGAUCGGUACAAGUCUUGAUCGAUAAGGCUCGUUCGCUUAGUGUCAGCACCGCAUCAGGACGCAAAGUGUCAAAGGACUCGGAAACAGCUCUUGUCGAACCAAUCGUUAUGACCGAAGCGCCGUUGCCUCAAGCUGGUCCCGGAAGAGAAAACGCUCUCGCUGCCACUCCCGCUAGUGGCUGCAAGGAUCCUCAAACAGCAUGCCUGGAGCCUAACACAUCUUCUAUCCUUCCACCUCAAUCUGUUCCGCCCUCCUGCACCAGUUCAACCGUUGGUGUAUCUAUCAAACCUGACAUUAAUAACCCAUUCCCGCUUUUCACUCUAUCCGCACCUCCGCCAUUCCAAACCACCUCAACUUCAUCGCAAAGCGAGAUCUCUUCAGUCGGGCUAGGAUCACAGCCAUCGAAUUCUACCAAUGUUGAAGAUCCUUCGACUGAGCCAGCACCAAUAUCAAAUUCGGUCUUUGGCAAUUAUUCCAUUCUAGCCGGUCCAACAUCAACAGUCCCCACACAGCUCCCAUUCACGCGUCAGCCGUUUGUGUCAGGUCCGACGGGCCCACCAGACAUCGCACCGGAGGAACCUGUGGUCUCACCAAGCUCAGAAGGGAGUGCAACCACAACUCCAGCUUCAGAAGACGUAAACCAGAAACCGCCUUUAAGACCAGGAUUGUGUAAAGCGCAGAGAUCCUGGAAUUGGUUCAGUUACACACAAAGCAAUGCUUCAAGUGCACUCACCAAAGAGGUCAAGGAAACCUUCAAACCGGUGCGGGUUCCAAGAGCGGUUAUUAUCGAGCCCCUUCCGAUUGAACGAAUCCAGCGCUCACAUCCAACGACGUUGAUCCCAUUCUCGAACAACAUUAAACGACUCAGUGGGCAAGAGCUAAAUAGACGGGCAAGCAUGUUGAUGCUUCUCUACCCAGCGGCUUAUACCGUCUUGCUCUCUGUCUCAUUGGCCCGAUUGGUACUCGAGAUGGGCCACAUGCAUCCCAAUCCAUACGUGAAUGCGAUAUCCAAAUGGCUGAUCAUGUCUUCAGGUUGGGUCGAUGCGGUGAUUUUCAUUUUCAUCGAAUGGACCUUUCGACAGGCAACUCGAAACUCACACUGA